AUGACGGGAGAGCUGAGCUGGAUGGCCGAAUACGCCGCUUUUGCGGUCAUGCUCGGCUUGUCAAUGAUGAUCGGACUGUACUAUGGGUGCGUGGAAGCCAAACAGAACACCGUCAACGACUACCUGUUGGGUGGCAAACACAUGUCCGUGUUUCCCAUUACAAUGUCGCUGAUUGCCAGGUAUAUACAUUAUCAUCAUCAUCAUUGUGGCCAUCACUUUGUCAGUUAGGUACUACGGUCAUCCGUGUUCACAUCAGUGUUAAGUAUACAACAUAUUUUCAAAAUAUUAUUAUCAGGGAAAUGAUUAUUUUGCUUUCAAAAUAUAGCAAAAAAACAAAAAAGAGCUGAUAUGGGGGAUGAGAGCGGCCACUGUUGUAGGUAAGAAGUUGGAAAGGUAAGAUACAUAAGGUUAUUUCAUCUAUAUCUGUAAGCAACGAUAAACCAUAGCUUGACGAAAGACGAUUCUGAGCGCAGUUUGAUAAUACAUUAUAUGAAGUGUCGUAUUUUUUUUUGCGAUUUUCGUUUAAAUUUGAUUUCAAAACACUUACUAAAAAUAAAAAAGGAAAAAAAGUCGUCCGAUAAUUUUGGAAAUUUUACCAAGUCUAGUUAAGUCUAAUCUAAGUAUUAUUCCCAAGUUUCAAGUCACCAUGUGUAUUUAUAACCGAAUUACAGCAAAAAACUCCCAAAAAUUAAAAUUUCUUAAAAGCUCAAAAGUGGCUCAAAAGUUUUGGCGAUAAUACCGUAAGAAAGUAAAUAAAAAAGGCGAUAAAAAAAUGUAUCCUGUAAUUUUUCAACUAAAUCAUUUUUUCUGGUAGAAAACGUCGUUCGUGUUUUUAUAAAAUAAUGAAAUCGUAAAAUUAUACGUUUUUUCCCACUUAAGUGCUUUUAAUUAAUUUGAUAGAUAUUUAAUUAACAUCUUACAGAUAACGUUAUGGAACAAGGGUUCUUUAAAUCUAAUUUUUCGGUUCAAAUGAGUUCUAUACUAGGUUUGAUAUACAUUAAAACGAUCAUAGUUCAAUCAAACCUCAACAUUAAUCUAAUCAUGAACAUUGGAAGUGAAACAUUAAUUAAAUGUUAUGUAAAAGCUCGCUUGUUAUGUGGGUAGCGUUUAUGUCAUAUAGCAUUUUCUCUGCAUUUUACAUAAUUAUUAAAAAUCAUGAAUUUAAUACAAUGAAAAAAGUUUAACGUUAAAAUUUUCAGAAGAAUAUUAAACUCUAUAAAAUGGGCACCUUCAAUUUCUUUCAAAAAUAACAAAAUAAAAAGUUUUAGUUUUUUUAAAAGUAUUUUUAGUUUUUUACCGAAACAUAAAUAUUGAAAUGAAAUAUAAAUAUUAAAUAUCCUUGCUAUAAGGGGUUAGGUUAAGUAUAGUUUUUAUUACAAGAGAACAGUAAAUACAGUAAUACAUAAAUACGAAUAUGGUUACCGUAUCACUACGUUGAUAUUAUUACCUAUUCGUUAGUACUAGAAUUAUAUAAAUGCCUUUACCGUCUUUUAAGACCACGGAUGCAUUAUUAUUAUUAACCUUAAUAAAUAAUUAUCUUAAUUUUUAUUUUUUUUUAUUAAAUAAAUAUACCUAAACCUUAUGUUAUUAAGUUUUAUUUUGUAGUCUGUUGAUUAUUUUUAAAUUGAGAGCAAAAGAAAUUAUACAAUAGUUUUAUGAAAAAAAAAACCAUAUAAAUUAAUUACGCAGCGAAUGUGAUAAAAUGAAGUACCACGAACAUUAAAUAACAUAAUUAUUUAUAUGUUAUUAUUACUGUAUACAAUUAUUUUUAUCAAUGACAGCUUAAGCAUAGUAAACGCACUCCAUCGCUUUAAACAAUAUUUGUGAUGCUGAUAAACAUCUAGUAAGUUUGCUUUUAGAUUCUGAGUGGAGAGAAGAAACUUAUGGUUUUACAAAGAUGUUUUUUUUAUCUGUGCACGACUUUUCUACCAGAAAUCUUGCUCCGAUUUUUAAAUGUAGCACCUUUUCUGGAAAGAAAUCGACGUGGGUACUUUAAGGAGAUCAUUUUUCGGUUUUCCCAAGAGUUUUCCAAGUAAAUGUGAAAAACCGGGAUAAAACAUGGGAAAACCAGGAAACGUAGGAAAACUGGGAAAAUCGGUACAACAUUAAACAAAUAUUAAAGAAAAUAUAUAAAGCUUAUUUAAUUAUUUUCUAUAAAAUUACAUAUAUAUUAUUGACAGAGCAUCACUAUCAACUAAACUCCACUCAAAAUCGUUUUUUCAUAAGGAAUUGUUUAUCUUUGUUUAUAGGUAUACAUUAAAUUAUCUGUGAUAGUGGCUGUACCCGUCCCCUUUAUCCUAAGACGUCUUUAAUCUUUUUUUCAAUUUAUUUAUGUAAAUAAAACGACGGUUUAAAACAAACUAUAUUAUAUGUAUAUAUGACUGUAAAAAAAACAAUAUCGUUUUGAAACUCUUAGUGGUGAUUGGUGAACGGGAUAGUGAGAGCUUAACCAUUCUUAAAAUUUGCGAAUUUUAUAAUAGGUUUUCACAUAAUAUAAUAUAUUAUAUGUAUUAUUCAUGCCCUCCCACAAAAUAAAAGUGUUCCAGGUCAAAAUAUCUCUGCAAAAAUAACUCUAAAUAAUCUAUUUUUAAAUAACAUUGUUACCUAAAACUUAAAUGUAUUUUGAUUAUAAUUUCAUUAAUAUUUCUAUUACCUAUUAUUAAAAUUAUUAUCUUGAAACAAACAAUAAAUAUCUAUACACAUAAAUAUGUCAAGUAUCAUAUUAUAUAUAUAAUUCAAUAAACAGUUUAAUAAUAACAAUAUUGUAUGCAUUGUAUACAUUGUAAACAAUGUAUUAAAUUAAUUUUAGAAAUUAGACAUUUUUUAAGAGUUAUUUUUAUAGGAAAUAUAUUUUUUACUAGAUAUAUUUGGAGUUUGGAUAUUUUUUGGAUAUUUUUACGGAUAUAAUUUGACCGGUCGCUAAAAAAAGGUACUAAAAGGUCCACCUACUAUACAAAUGACGUUUAAAAUUCCAACAAUUAUUAUGAAGUUUUUAUAGAAUAUAUUGUACUUAUAUGCGAAUGACCUCUAUAAUUUUUCAUUUUUGUAGUCACAUUUCCGGUAUAACGCUGCUCGGAGUUCCAUCAGAGAUCUACAGCAACGGAACGCAAUACUUAAUUAUCGGUUUUAUAAACGUGUUAGUAAUCGCCAUAAUAAUUUACAUAUACUUACCGGUGUUUUACGAACUUCAAUUAACGUCGGUUUAUGAGGCAAGUACUGAGCGUAAUAAGUAGUGUGAUCACAUUAGUUUACUAUGAAAUAUUUUGAAAUUAUCAUCAUUCGAUUCGAUUUGAUUUUAGUAUUUGGAACACCGUUUCGAUACGAACAUCAGAGGAUUGUCGUCGUUAAUAUUUGCCAUGUCUUUAAUACUAUAUAUACCGGUAGUGAUUUAUAUACCAGCCUUAGCGUUCAAUCAAGGUAUAAUAAUCGUAUAAUAUAAAGUAGAAAUAAAUUUUAUUUUACGAAAAAUAUUAAAUAUAAAAUUACUUUUUUUCUUUCAAAAACAGUUACUGGACUUCAUAUACAUUUAGUAACUCCGAUCAUAUGCGUCAUAUGUAUAUUUUACACGACCGUUGUGAGUAUACAAACAAUUUUUAAAAAUAUACAAUACUCGUUUGCUAUAUUAAUUAUUUAGACAAGCAAAAAUUACACAGAUGAUUUUUUAAGCAUAUUCGUUCUAUUUUUAUUAUUAAAUAAUUUAACCAUAAAUUUAAUUUAUGAAUUUUGGAAUUUAUAUACGUGAUAUUUUGACAUACUUAGGUUUUUCACGACAUUUAAAGAGAAUACCAAGUGGAUAUCAACUUUGGUUUUCCAAAUGAGAACCUACAUUUUUAAUGUAAAUUGUGAAUUAGAUGACUUUUCCGAAAAUGUUGACGUUUUGUAAUCAAAAUAUGAAAGAAAAUUCGCAUUCAAAGUUUUCAUUUAUGCUUUAAAUACGAAUGGAUAAUGGCAUAAAACCAGUUUUCCAAUAACUUACUGCAUUAUUCAAAAAAAAAAGAUUGCCUGUACAUAAUUUCCAUUGAACGGUAGGUAUCCAAUCCCCGUACAAAUGCUAUUAUUUUUAGUAUUUAAAGUGGAAUAACUUAGUAAAUUUUCUUUUAAAUUUCGAUUAUAAUCAUAGAGUAAUAAUAUAAAGAGAUGAACUAAUGAAUACUUGCUAGGUUGCGAAAGUAAAGCAAAUAAAAUGACUAAAUACAGUGUAACCAAUAAAAAUAAAAAAAAUAUGUCUUACUGCAUAUAUUAUUAUUCUAUGUCAUACUGUUAACACGGUUAUAUUAUAAUUCAAUAUAAUAACUGUUAACAUAUUAUAAUUAUUAAAUGUCGUGUAAAAUCCAAUUUUUUGAAAAUAUCGUCUUCACUAGAUAUUCUUAAAAAUUCAAAAAACCAGAAUUUUAAUUUAUAAAUAACUUAACCAUAAAAAUGAUAUGAGCAUGCUUAAAAAAAUCACCUUGUGCCAAAAUAUAUAGUAUAAAAAGGUGAUUUUUAGACACUUGCACCAGUGUUUGAUAAGGUAUACAAUAGGGUAAACCAUUCCGGUUUCUAAAAACACCGGUCCGGUAGACACCGGUUCCAAAAAUUCUUCUUUCGGUUCUACUUUUUUUUUAGUGAGGAAAUAAUAAUUUUAAACUCGCGUUAUAAAAUGUUUAUGAUAGCAAAUCGUUCUACUGAUUAUCAGUGAUCAGUGUUAUCACAAUAAUAAUGUGUGCUUCCACAAAAACCGAUAUUUACUAAAAGAAACAAAUUGUUGGCAUAUACGGAGAUUAGCCACUGCUAAAAUUCAAUAAAUAUCCGCAUAUAUAAAUUUAAAAAAAAAAUAAAAAAUAAAAACUAGAACCAAAGAACUGAAAAGCAUGAACCGGCCUAUCUCCAUUGUAGCACCCCUGUGUCUGUGUAACUGUGUCUCCGUCGUCUUCCAAACUCACAACUUCCACUGCGUAGAUGAUAUGGUUGAACGGCAAUAAAAGAGGUUAUCUAUUUUUGGAAGCUGUAGUGAAAAUCGUCGUCUACGUGGUGGUCGUUGUGGGUUGAGAGAUGUUUGCCAGGUAACAGAUAAUCUCCCAGAUUAUAUGCAUAGAAAUAGGGAGUACACAGGUCUUUAUACUAAUUACCUAUAAUUGUAUGUAUGAAUGAUUUAGGGAGGAUUGAAAGCAGUCGUGUGGACGGACGCCAUUCAGAGUGUGUUUACCGCCCUGUCGAUAAUCAUCGUCAUAAUUUUGGGGUUGAUACAAAUCGGAGGAGUCGGAAACAUGAUCAGAGACAAUCAAGAAGGGGGCAGAAUAGAAUUUUUUAAGUAAAUUCCACUAAAUACUUCCAAUAUAAAUAUUAUUGUUUUAAAUCGCACACAUAUUACCACAAAGGUAAAUAAUAAUAAUAUAAAAUAAAUCGUAUUUUUAGAAUGGACCCGGAUCCGUUUUUGAGAAAUACGUUUUGGACUGUCAGCAUAGGCACGACAUUCGCUUGGAUCACGCAAUUGGGAAUUCAUCCCGGAGCAGUUCAACGGUUUGUGGCGUUGCCUACUUACAAUAAAGCUCGAAAAUCGCUGAUUUAUUUCGUUUUGGGCAUGGGAGUAGUGAAACUAUUGACGGGCACUAUCGGCAUGUUGAUUUACAGUAAAUUCAAAGACUGUGAUCCUAUUUUGGCUAAUGUAAGUAUAAUCGUAUACUGUAAUGUUAUCAUGUUAUCAUCAGCCAGUUGUAAUAUUAUCGAUAUUUUAGUACGUCGAAAGCGAUCGGAAUUUAUUGCCGUAUUACGUUAUGGCCGUAGCUGCGAAAUUCCCGGGACUUACCGGACUGUUCAUUUCCGGUAUCGUGAGCGCUGCUUUAAGGUAGGAUACCUAUAUCGAUCUCUUACAGAAAAAAGAGUGAAAGUGACACUUUUGGUCGAAAUUAUCUUUCUCCCGAACAAUUGCUCUGUUGUCUAUAUCAUAAGUAAAGACCGGAUUUUGCAUGAAAUGCAUAUGCAUAUCCAAAAUGCUAUUUUCCACAUCAUAUACAUGUAGUCAAUGAGUGUCCAUGAAUCUAAACCUAACUGAUUGAAUAUCAACAUUUUAUACUGCAUAUUUUUGCAUAUUUUAAAAUGAGUGCAUAUUCUGCAUAUUUUUGCAUAUUUUAAUAAAGAUACACCUCACGGUCUGAUAAGGUGUCGAACAAAAAUAAAAAGAUUAUAGGUACGUUAGUAUAUCGAAAAUUUUACGUUACAAAGAAUAUUGGGACGCUAAAAAUUGGUUAACUAAACUUUCUUAGUGGAAAUGCGGGUUUACCUGUUUUAUCAUGAUUAUUAUUCCUUAGAUAUAAUUUUAUCAACAAUUUAAACAACAUAAUUUAUAAAGCUUCAAUGCUUCAUAUAAUUACGCGUUUCGUGUUCGCUUACAUUAACAUUAUGCUGAACAGAAUACGAAUACUUUUCCAGUACAAUGUCUGCACAACUUAAUACCGUGUCCGGGACGAUUUACGAGGAUUUCAUAGUGAGAAUGAUGGGCAUUAAAGUUUCGGAAUUGACCGCAAGUAUUAUAAUGAAAUGUACCGUCGUCAUUACCGGUAUGAUAUGCGUGGUGUUGGUGUUGGUCGUUGAAAAACUAAACGGAAUUCUUCAGGUAAUAAAUGUACUCAUUUGUCACCGUCAAUUUUUUGCUCAAUAUUAUGUUCUAAAACUAUAGACAGGUAUACUUAAUGAAUAUUUUUAUUCACUAUUUAGAUGGCGAUAAGUCUGAGCGGCGUAACAAACGGCGCGAUGUUAACCGUCUUCACGUUGGGUAUUUGUUUUCCUUGGGCGAAUUCUAGAGUAAAAGUUUAUAAUUAAUUUUUUUAAUUUUAUCUUUUCGACGUCAUGAUUCAAUUUUAUACACAGGGUGCAAUGUGUGGUAUGUUGGCUAGUUUGGGAAUAAUGAUUUGGAUCGUUGCCGGAGCUCAGUUCGCCAUAAUCAACAAUGAUUUGAAAUUCGUCGAAAAAAACGUUUCAAUUGCCGGAUGCCCGGCGAAUAUAACAUUUAGAAAUCAUACCGAUUUUUCGGGGUAUGCAAUAAAAAGAAGUUUUUUGAUUAUGAUGACAUACAAAAACGGGAUAUGUACGGGGGAAUAUUAUUGUCAGUCGAAAAUAAUAUUGUCGGGUGACAUUUAUAAUAUUAAUUGUUACCUAAUAUGGAUAAAGACCUGGCCAGGAAUGGUCAUUAUUCCUAAUAAGGAUGGAAUGGGAACCAAAUUUAAGCAGAGAGAUUGGAAUAUUUCCAGAUCAUCCAACAUUCUCUCCUUCCCCAAUGAAAUACCAAACAAGUUGUUCUAGCUUUAAUGUUUGAUUCUAACUUAACAUUAUUUAGAGCCUACAAACUAUAAGAAUAACAAUUAGGUUUUAGAAUAAAUUCACCAGAAAAUAUUAUGUACCUAAUAUUCACAAUAAAUGGUUUAAUUUUUCGGGUUAACUUUGUUAAAGAACCAUUUGAUAGUCAACUGCUAAAUAUAUUAAAAAUUGAAUAGAUAGAUAGACUAUUAAACAGAUAGUAAAAUGGUCCUGGUCAUUUGUAAAAUUCCCAUUUCCAGACCAUCCAAUCUGCUACUACAGUACCUAUAAAAACGUGAAAUAUACAAAUCUGGAAUGAAAAACUCUCGAAUCCAGGGUUUUAUGGAUAUGGAAAUCUGUAUCUUACAUAUCUAGAAGCUUCGAAUGUUGUUUGUUUUAUUUUCCCAGAAAAUAUAGACUAUCGCACUGCGAAUCGUGUCGAUUAUAUAUUUUAUUACUUUUGAUUGUCUCUUGACCAAAUGGGCUCAAAUUUUGGAAAUUAUAGUUUUUAUAGGUGGAUUGAAGUGAUAAAAUCGUUGUUUUUCUUUUAUUUUUUUAAAGAUUAGACCGUAUAAACGAAGACGUGUAUGCGAGUCCAAACGUGUGGAAAAUCUAUACCGUGUCGUACAUGCACUACAGCACUAUAGGCACCGUCGUUGGAAUAGCGAUUGGGCUUUUGGUCAGUUUGUUGUUUCCGGUUGAUCAGAAUAUCGAUCCCAAACUGUUGACGCCCUGCAUACGGAAACUAAUGUGCUCCGAGUAUAAAAACAAACAAAAUUUAAAUGGACUCAAGACAGAAGAAUACAAACCGGUAACUCAGGAUACAAAACUUUGA